AACAUGAUUCAUUUCUUGAUGGGAGAAAUGACGCGUUGUUUCCACAUAUAUUACUUUUCUUUAACAAAAGUGUUUUAAGAUAUUGUACGAUUUCGCCGAAUAAGACAUUCUAAACCCGGAGGAUGUUUUUGUGUCAUAAAACGAUUAGAUUAGGUUUGGCCGUACUUUAUACAGUAAUCCUGAGGAAUAUGGUUCACUCUCAAUCCUUGAAUACUAAACUUUUUAAAGAUUUCUCUCUCGAAAUUAACUGCGCGGGAAAUAAAGGUCAACCUGGUUUCCAAGCGACAUUUGUGAAAGUUUGCGUUAAAGAUCGUUCUAAAUCACAUUGCAGCAAUGAUGAUGAGGACAGUUCCGAUGAUGACAGCAAUGAGGAUUCGGACGAUCUAUUCCAUGUGUUUGUCAAAUUAAUCGGUCGGGAAAUAUGUCAAAACAAAACGCCCGCAAUCAUUCAAUUUUUCAAUGAGACAAAACCUCUUUUCGGAUUAGGAACUAACCCGGCUCAAGAGAAAACUCCAGACCAACAAGGACUGAAAUCAUUUAACGAAAGCGAAGAUGAUGACAUGCGGGCCACAAUAGACAGGUUGCGGGUUGGAGUCGCAGUCGGAACCAUCCUUGGAUUCGUGUCCGGAGUUCUGGUCACGGGGUUGUUGAUAUUACUGUACACAAAAAAGAUGCACAGACUUAAAAAUUCAAGGUACUCUUCACAGGUAGACACACAGAGAAAGACACAAUUACACGGAGAUAAAGCAGAAUACAAAUAUGAUAAUGCACAUUACACAUACUGUGAUGUCAAUAAUGAAAUCUGCCAAAGGCCGAUAGAACCAUCUUCUAAAAGUCAAAAUAGCGAGGAAUCCCACAAGUACCAAGAUUGUAAUUUGAACACAUAUAACCAUCUUAACGAAAGCAAUUCCAACAAUGCUAUCAGACAUGAAGAGUAUGACCAUAUCCGGGAUGCGCGCGCAGACUCGUUACCAUCAGACGGAGAAUACAGGAUGUUAGAACCAGCCAACUCGAAGCAAGAAGUUGGCAUUUUGCCACUAGAGAAACCAACAUGCGACAUGAGUAAACCAAGUGAUGAUAAUUACUUUGAACUUGAAAAUGUGAAAUGUCAAGCCACCAACCCGGAUGCGUAUUUUGUUUUAGAGAAGGACUCCUAGUAAAAACAAAUCCUGAUUAUUGUAAUAAUUUCUUAUUUCUGUUUCUCCAGUUUUGUUUAUUUGUUGUUGUUUUUGGGGGGUUUUUUUUUG